AAUUGUAAGAUCGUAGUUUUCUCCGUUUUCACUUUUUCUUCAAAUUUUCUAAUCUCGUGGAUGGAUUUUUCCACAUAUUUGCGCUGCAUUGCCCUAUAAAUCUGCCACACCUUGCAAUCCCACUUCAUUCGCAACGCAGAGAAGCCUUUGGGAUUUGCAAAGUGACCUACUCAUUCUCUUGUGUCCUUCAUACAUAGGGAGGGAUAAUUCUAAUAGGAUAUUGCUUUUUUCUGUUUCUGGAACGCAAUAAAAAUGAGUUUGGGCGUUUGGGUCAUGUUUUUACUGCUCCCAUCUAUUAUUUGCUGCUCUGCCUGUUUACAAGAGGAACGAAAUUCUCUCUUGGAUUUCAAACGAGGCAUUAAUUUCACUUAUUACAAAGAAUACCAGUUAAAGCAGCCGCUGGAAUCGUGGAGAGGGUUGAACUGCUGCACUUGGGAAGGAGUGGGCUGCCACCCACACACUGGUCAUGUCAUCACCUUGGAUCUCAGUUACCCUGGCAUUCAAUGGAGUGAAGUUGGAGCACUUGGACCUCUCUGACAAUUACUUCACCUCUCUUUCCAUUCCUCCACAAGUUGGAGAAUUAAGGAGAUUGAAGUAUCUGAGCUUAUUUGACUGUCAAUUUAGUGGCCAAAUUCCAAGAGAGUUGGCUAAACUGCAGCAAAUGGAGCACUUGGGCCUCGGCAGGAAUAAUCUUUAUGGUGCCAUUCCAAGGGAGUUGACAAAAUUGCAGCAAUUGGAGCAGUUGGACCUCAGUUACAAUCAUCUCCAUGGUGCCAUUCCAAGGGAGAUGGGUAACAUGUCCGCCUUGAAAUACCUUGACCUCUCUUGGAAUGAUGGUUUGCAGAGCAACAAGUUGGGUGAGUUGAGAGGGUUGGAGCAUCUUGGACUCAGCAACAUGAAUCUCAGUAUGGCACAACAUACUUGGUUGGAAGGAUACUUGCUUUCUCUCACCAAUCUCACCGCACUUGACAUGAACCAUUGCGGGCUUUCAGGAGAAAUUCCUCCCUUCUUUGCAAAUCUCUCACGGCUUCAACAGUUGACACUGUCAGGAAAUUCAUUCAGAGGUAAGAUUCCUACCUUUCUUGGAGCUCUCCCUCUGUCAGGUCUUGUUCUCUCUGCGAACAAUUUGGAAGGCUUUAUUCCCUCCUUUUUAGGUGGCCUCUCCAAACUGCAAUAUCUUUAUCUGAGUUCAAACAAAUUAAAUGGCAGCAUUCCAUCUACUCUAGGCAAUCUCUCAGCCCUGAAUGAACUUGACUUGCAUAAUAACUCCUUAACUGGUCCAAUCCCAACUUCCUUUGCUAACCUAUCCAAGCUAGUGUUGCUUAAUUUAGCCAAUAAUAGAUUAAAUGGAACUUUCUUAUUCUUUACUUUAAAUUUCCCCCAGCUUCAUUUUUUGGACCUCUCCAGCAAUACGUUGACCGUAAAAAUCAGUGCCUCUAUCAUUCCCAAAUUUCAGCUUCGCUCCUUAGGUUUUCACGAAUGUAAUAUUAGAGGAAAUUUUCCUACAUUUAUUUCAACCCAAUAUAACAUUCUAUAUUUAGAUUUGUCGAAUAAUUCUCUUAGUGGCUUUAUUCCAAAUUGGCUUUGGGGAUUCACAUCUAUUGAGUACAUAGAUCUCUCAUAUAAUUUAUUUGAUGGAUCAAUUUCAAAAUCAAUUAACAAAUAUACACAAAAUCUUCAAUUUCUUUCAUUAGCCAAAAAUAAUCUUAAUGGUCCUAUUCCAAAUUCUAUCUUUAAAUUGAAGAGUUUGAAUAUUUUAGAUUUGUCAAAUAAUAAGUUUAGUGGUAGAAUUCCCCAAUGUUCGAAGAAUUGCUCCAUGUUGUCUGUCUUAAAUCUAGAGAGGAAUAACUUAGAAGGAAUGAUACGAAGUAUAUGUAAGGGAAUGAAUUCUCUCGAGACAUUAAAAUUGGGAGACAAUGCACUUGAAGGGCAUGUUCCAUCAUCUCUUGCAUAUUGUAGAAAUCUACAAAUCCUUGAUUUGAGAAACAAUAAUUUGCAAGGGAACAUCUCAAAUUGGGUUAAAACCUUGCACAAUCUCCAAAUUUUGAUUUUACAAAAUAAUAAUUUCAAGGGUACAAUCCCAUUGCAAUUAGCAAAAUUGCAAAAUCUUCAAAUUUUGGAUAUGUCAAAAAAUAAAUUUUCAGGGAUCAUUCCAAAAGACUUUAUGAAGUUAACCACAAUGGCUAAUCAAUCUGAAAAGAUGGAAAUCUUUGAACAUGAAACUCCCAGUUUUAUAACAUCAAACUAUUAUAUUGAUGAAAUAAUAGUUUACAAUAAAGGACAAGAGAUGGAGUUUGUGAAAAUUUUGAGAUUAGUAAAAUGUCUUGACCUCUCUAGUAAUAACUUGUCAGGUAACAUUCCUCAAAAUAUUGGAUCCCUCAAAGGUUUGAUUAUUCUUAACAUUUCAAGAAAUCAUUUCAGUGGUGAGAUUCCUAAAUCUAUUGGAGAGAUGACACUACUUGAAUCACUUGAUCUUUCACAAAAUAGAUUGUCAGGGGAUAUUAUUACUGAGCUACAACUUCUCACGUCCUUAAGUUUCUUUAAUGUAUCUUAUAAUAAGCUAUCAGGGAUGAUACCACAAGGAGGACAGAUGAUGACAUUUGAUUCUACAUACUUCUCCAAUAAUUCAGGUCUAUGUGGUCUACAAAUAUAUGUGCCAUGUUCAAGUAACCCUCCCAAUUCUCCAAAGGUACAUGAAGAAAAUAAUGAAGAUUCAGAGGAUGAUUUCUGGUGGGAUCUGGGAAUGGCAACAGGCUAUGUAGUUGCCUUUUCAAUUGUAGCUGGAAUGUUGUGGCUCAACAAAAAAUGGAGUGUCCCAUGCUUCAAAUUCAUGGAUAACAUUAUUAUCUCUCUAUUUGAAACAUCGAGAGAGCAUUUGUAUUCUACAAGGUAGGAUCAACUUGUUAAGUUUGUCAUCCAAAUAGCUUAUAUUUUAUGGUAUAAACUUUUUCCUACAAUAAAAUGAAACAUGCACCUCA